AUGUCUGACGACAACCUCACGACAACAGACGAAGGAGACGUCGGUUUCCCGCCAUUCCUUAUCCUCUUCAUUGUGUUACAACAAGUAGUGUUCAGCCUUUCCUGUUUUGGCAACAUCGUCGUCAUCUUCAUUUUCACUCGUUACCUCCAUCUUCGAUCCUUUAAAAACCGUUUCGUCGUGGGGCUCGCCGCCGCCGAUUUUUGCACGGGUGUUUCGGUCGGUUCCCAAAUUAUUUAUUUCCUUUUCCCGGAAUUGAACGCCGUCAGGGUGGCAUGCUUUACUCGGUAUCAAAUCGUUGCAUUUCUGACGAUGACGUCACAACUAACAGCGUCAUUUACAACGUUUGACAGAUACAUUGCAAUAUGUCAUCCUCACAGUUAUAGUAAAGUGGUAACCAACGUUACUGCGAACAUCCUGGUUACACUACCAUGGGUGUAUGCCCUGGUUCUAACGUCACUGUCCUUCCUAGGACUAAAGUCAUGGUCAGAUGAUUCCAUGUAUUGUCUCUAUCACCUCAUCUUCGAACAGGGCGUUUACUUAGCAUCGGCGUUGACCACCGUCUGCUUCAGUGUCGCCUCUUUGAUCAUGUACAUUCGAAUUUUACAGGUAGCAUGGAAAUACUACAACAGAAUACGCCCUUCAAAUGAAACCGGUCCAAAUCCCCAAGUCCGUAAGAAAUCAACGGAGCGUAAUGUUCGAAGUGCAAAGGUCAUGGGGAUCGUAACGGCGGCGUUUACGAUUUGCUGGACGCCUUUUACGGCAUUUCAAUUUCGGUAUGGAGUAGGGUCUGUUGACUUGACCAUGGACGACAUCAAUGUUUCUAACUGGCUUGUUUUCCUUGGAAUGACCAAUAGCCUAGUGAACCCAGUGAUAUACGCCUGGCAACGAAAGGACUUCAACACAGUCUGCAAGAAACUUUGUGGUCGAAACGUCGAUUGGAGUAACGCGACGGCUGACUUCACGUCCCAUGUCUCAUCAACGUAAACCAUGUUUGUAUGGAACAUCCUAUAUUCCAAACGGGUUUAUAUAAGUGAUUCAUAUAAAAGUC